AUGGUGAAGAUAGGAAAGAAACUGAAAGGGUUUGACGAAGGAAUAAAGAGACUAGACACACACAAAGAUAGAGAAAUAGAGGAGGAAGAAAAAACGAAAAUAUCGUAUAAAGGGAAUAAAUACGGAAGUGGGAAGUUCAGUAGAAAGACAGUCGAACAGACUAGGGAACAUCCAACUGAAUACCCAAGUGAAAAUAAUGACGCUUUAUACCUAGUAGAGGAAAGCAUAUUGGUUAAGAAAAAGUACAAUGAUCCGAGUUUUUAUUUAGAAAGGAACAGUACGUCUGCUUUUUUGGUUCUCCUAUUAUACAAAAUAUUGAUAAUCAAACCAGAUAAUAUCAUCGAAUUUAUACUUAAAGAAUUAGAAUGUUUGCUAAAAGAUAAAUUUGAAAAAAGCAAGAAAUUUAAUAAUAUUAGUGACAAUAACAAUAUCCGCACAGUAACUAGCGAAAGGCAUAAAGACGACGCUAAAAAUUUUAUUGGUAAAAAAUUCCACUUAACAGAACCAAAAUCUACGUACUUAGAAAAAUAUAAAUUUUUCCAAGGGGAACGUUUUCUCAGCUUAGAUAAUUUAUUGGAAGCUGUAAAUUUUAUUAAAAUAGAAAAUUCCGAUCAAGUAUAUUUCAACAGCUUAUUAAAAAUUAUAAAACAUUUUGAAAAUUCACAAAAUAAGGAUGAACUCUUAAAGGAAAAUAUACAACUUAAUGAUAGUAUACCACUGAACAAGGCAAUACACUUAACCAAAACCUUUUACAUCAACUAUUUUCAUAGCAUUGUGCCCAAUACGACUUAA